UCAGUUGUCAGAAGGCCGUUUUUUUUAAAAUAACUGAAUAAAUAAGGAAAAUGCAUUUGCAUAUUUUAAUAUUAAUAUUCUUCCUAAGAACAACUAAAGGAGAUGGCAUACUUCCUGUAUUUAUGUUAGAUUUUGAUAGAGUUCUGACUCACGUGAAGGUAGAACCUAACCCGCUCGUGAAAAUAUCUACUGAAUUUUUCUUAGAUCUCCUACAAGAUUCGAAGAAGAGCAGCAAAGUGGUCGUCAUAUUUAUUGAAGAAUUGUUAUGUAACGAGGAUAUAAGCUCUAAAGAUAUUAAGGGUACGCCAUAUCGUAAUAUGCAUGAUGAAUUAUUGUCCGAACGUGUGAAAUACUUCCCCGCGGUCUAUAACCCAUAUAAAGCACUAAAGCAGAUUUUCGCAAAUCACAAUAAAAACGUAUUCCACGUUGGUGAUAUGGAUAAGUUGAAGAUGUAUGAAGCUCGUAAUGGCCACUAUUACAUAUAUUUCGAGGAUAAUUUUAAUGAAACAAGAAUAGAUACAUUAAGGAGACACGAUUUGAUUGUAAAAGAAAUCUAUAAUGCUGUGAGAAAUUUCGCUACGGGACCAGUGAUCGGCUUUUAUACUGGCAAAAGUAAUCCUAUAAUUCUUAAAAAAUAUAAAGUACUACCUAAAAAACGUAAAUUAAUCUCUAUGGAUGGUGGCGUUUCUGUUGAGAGCAGGGACGCUUUAUUUCGCUUUGUUGGUGUUUACUCUUCGAGCGCGAAGCGUCAAUCAAGGUUCAGUCAUCCGCCUGUAGUGGCGGACGAGAGACUAUCGAGGCGACAUCUGUCGACUAAAGUAGCAUACACCGAUUUUGAAUUGGAAUUUAACUUCUCAUUCAAAAAGGACGGAUGGGUUAUUGAUGACGUGGCUCUACUGGAAGGCGGAGAAGAAGUGGGGCGUACACGAAUGGGUGCUGGUGCCCCUUGGGAGAAUUCCUACGUAUGCGGGGAGCCCCUUGUAAUAAUAAACUUGAGGGAUGGCAGCGCUGUCACCAUAUCACAUUAUCAGAUCCAAGCAUUCCGACGUCACGAUCGAUCAUACGACGACAUGAUUUACCCUGAAUGGGAUUACCUGAGAGCUAGCACUAAUAACACCUGUAAGGGGUUCGGGCCCGGCGUGAACUGCGGGCCGUACUUUACUUCGACCAUAAUCGCCUGUAUGUUUGUGACUUCGGUGUGUUUCGGCAUAUUGCUAGUCGGUGUGAUAGCGCUUAUGAACUGCGUCACCAAUGACAGAUAUGACGACGCGCAAGGCAAGCAGCUGUCGGUCAGCGCGGAGGCAGGAGGUUAAAGAAUACUGGCUUUUGCACGCGACUUCGUCCACACAGAAUUAUGGAAAUGGUUUUAUGUUACUCGGUGAUAAUUUAGCUUUCUAAUAGGGAAAGAAUUUUUGCAAUCGGCUAAGUAGUUUUUGAGUUAUUCUAAUACAAAAAUACAAAUCUUUUAAACAUUAGUGUUGACUUAUGUCGCUAGUUUCGCACGAGAGUAGAGUAUUUUUCGAAUGAAAGCCUAAACUCCUCUCUACGGAAUGUCUUAAAUGUUUUGAAAAUUGUGAGAUAAAGUGAAGCGAUAAUUUGAAAUAAAGAUACCCUUUCUUUUAGUUAUGUAAGAAUGUAUUUUAUCAGACAUAUUUUGGUGUUUACCGGUUUUGGCGUAAUUUGUAGUUUGUCUAUGGUUUCGAUUGGAAACGUGAAUGAGUGCUGACUAACCUCAUGAAAAUUCACUAAUGUCAAGAGAAUUUAUAUUUUUAUAUGCCACAAAUAACUGAAAAACUACUAGUCCGAUUUAAGCUUAUUUCCUGUUAGAAUUUAUAAUUCCAAUAAGACAGCUGGUUUAUAAUAAACGCUGUUAGUAUUAAAAACUUGUACUAAA